GUGAAGUUUGCCGUUAACGGAUUCGGUUUCAUAUUUUCUUGUAGAUUUAUGUAGGACGUACUGCAGUGCAAGUUGAAGUUCAGGCGAGUUGCGGGAAUAGGGCCUAAACCAGGCAUGGUUGCAGUUUGCACAAAUGGAAGGACCUAGCUUAAUCCUGGCUUGGAUAGUGGUCGUGAGUGUGCUGCUGCCAAUAGCCGAAAGCAAAGCCAAUGAGGGACUUGGGAGCCAAAGGGAAAGUGUUGCGAAGUGUCAACAGAGUCUUGAUGAACAAGGAGUUGAAGGAUCUUGCCGAUCUUCUGUACCGAACUCUCAGGGCAGCUCGGACGACCUUUCCCAGAAUGCACUGCAGCAAGGUCUCAUACCAGCGCUGCAGGAUCGUCCCAUGCAGCUAGUCCGACCCGACCCGACGCACAGGAAGAUGGAACUUGUCGAGGAAAGCAUCCAGUCACUGCUUCGGUUGACAAACCCUGUAGCUGUCGUGGCUGUCGUCGGGAAGUAUCAUUCAGGCAAGUCCUUUCUCCUGAAUCAACUGAUGGGAAAACAAGGAAACUUUGGCUUCACCGUCGGGCCGAGCCUACGCCCGCAGACCAUGGGAAUAUGGAUGUGGGGAAUGCCAACCACAAUGACUCUUUCAUCAGGAACAGACGUAUCUGUUAUCUUCCUCGAUACUGAAGGUUUUGCUGCCAACAAUGUGUCGGAGAGUUAUGAUGCUAAAGUCUUUGCCGUCGCUGCUUUGCUGAGUUCCUACCUGAUCUACAACUCGGUCAAGGUCAUCGACCAGGCCGACAUGGACUACCUGGAGCUGCUGUCGAGGAGAACGCAGUUGUUUGCAUUGAGAUCCCAACUAUCCAGAGCCAAGUGGGCCCAGGAUUUCAACCACGAUCUGCUGAGUUUCCCGCCGCUUCUGUGGGUUGUGCAGGAUUUCGUCCAGGUCACGGGCAACGACGAGCCGACGCCUUCAGAGUGGCUUCACGAGAUGAUGAAAUCGUCCACCUGGGAGAACGAGAACCAUCGCAUCAGCCUGCUAGACAUCUUCCAAGACGUUGACUGCCACACCUUGUUCUUCCCUGCCACCAAGAAAGAGAUCUUACAAGAUCUAUCCCUGGCACGUGAAGAAGACCUCACUGCAGAAUAUAAGAUUGAGAGGAACCGGCUGAUACAAACCCUUAGACAAGGAAUCAUCCCCAAAGAGAAAAAUGGUCGACCAAUCACAGGAGCCGAACUGGCAUCGCUGAUUGAAGUCUUGGUGACGGCAGCCAAUGAGGGCUCGUUGUCUCAGAUUCCAAGUCGGUGGUCGGCGUUCAUCCAGAGCAUGGAGCAGUCGGCAGUUCAGGAUUGCCUGAAAUUUUACGAGACAGAGAUGAUGGUGGUUCAUCAGCAGUACGAGAUGGGACCCAUUGACGAACAAGAAUUACAGCACUGGCAUGAGACUGCAGCCAGUAAAACUGAAAAGUUGCUCCAGCAGGUGCUGUUUGGAUUGGAUGAUGUACUGGUCGGUGCCGCUCAGGAAUUAAGGAGCCAGAUUAAAGAGAAGUAUCACCGCACAGUGGACAUGAAUGAAAAGAAAAUCAAGCUAAGAUGCAGCGAAAUUCAACACAGAACAGAGUUAGAAGGCGAGAGCAAGCUCGGCGAGCUGCCCUUACCCAUGAAGACUUCCCAACUCAAGUCCAGCUACGCAGACAUCAAGACAGACUGCAUUGCCAGCUACAGCAGAACUCUAGAACGACUGCAAAGAUCGGCACCCUUCCAAAAAUUCCUGGACCAGUUAAAGACAUCUUUGGACAACAUCCGUGACUCGUUUCUUCUGAAGAACGCCCAGCUUCUUGAGAGCGUGCUAGACCAAGCUAACCAAAAGGCUCUUGAGGAAUUUGACAGUGGAAUGCAGAACACUCACCAAGAGCCUCGCAGCCCGAAGACCAUGAGCCGAUUGAGCGAGGGCGCCAGACAGAAAGCGCUGAAUCUCUUCACUCAAGAGGCGACUGUGGCCGCAGAGGAGAGUUCUUACAAUGCCCACCUAGCUUUGCUGAAGACAGGAAUGUCAGAAGCAGAGAAGGAACACGAGAAGAAGAACAACCAGCUGCUGAAAGUCAAGUGUCAAAAAGAGGUGAAUGGGCUCGCCCAGACGAUGCGCGACAACACGGACAGUACGCAGCUACCCCUACCAGUCAACGAUACAGAUCUAGACCACAGGCUCACCCAAGAAGCCACGAGGGCAAAGUCUCUCUUUAAGGAGUUACUGGAUGACUUUUCCUCCAUGCCGGCUUACGACGACUGUCUGAUGCAGCUGCAGCGGCUGAUCCACGCCGUGUGUGGACAGCGCAGGCAGGAAAACAUGGAGGCCUACUCCAGAGAGGUCGAGGUACCACUCCAGUCAGCAAAGAAAGUUGCCCUGCUGUCCGCGGACCGAUACGAUACCGUGUUUAGUCUAACCACUUUUAUUCGCGAGGUGUGCAUGUUGAACCUGGACGAGGGUAAGCCCAAGCACUGGCCCCCCGACCUCAAGGCUAACAUUGUUGACCUCUUCAUGAACUCUGACCCGGACAUUCGACGCAUCAUCAAAGCGCGGGAGGGCCUGUGGUCCACAUUGGUGGGAUUUAUUCAGUGGAUCAUGUGGAUUUUCAGCUGAAAUACUGUGUGCUUUAAACUAUAUAGCCUUUCAACGGCAGUACUUUUGCUGGUAACAGUGGGCCAGUGUGGUGUUCUAACUGACUGACGGACUGCGUAUGUGAAUCUUCUGAAGUUUCUGUUGUUUAUUGUAAUAAAAAGUCCAUUUGUUUGAGAGUUAUAAACUUUAACCCUAAAAGGGCCAGGUUAUUUUGACAAUCACUCAGCGUUUUUUUUUUUUUUUGGG